UAAUCCGUUCACUCGUCGCGUUCCUUGAUGCUGCCGUAAGCCGGCGAAACGGGGGCGGUAGUGGUACAUCACCCGGCAGGGCGUUCCCGUCCGCGUCCUGACGGCGGCGGCGCUCCGCCAUCGAGCUCUCAAACUGCCUUUCGAUUUCGUCGUCGUCCAUGGGCAAAAUCAAGCCGCCGUAGACAAACUGGAUGGGAUUCUUGUAUCUAUCCUCUCUACUCUUCCGGUGGAACUUCUCGAUGUCGAGGAUCGGCUCGAAGUCGACGUCGACGAGGCGGGUCACUGGAGAGAGCUCGCGGCCGGACUUGGGGCCGCUCUCGUGGCGGGGCUGUGGGGAGCAGGUGCGCUCGCGGCGGGGCUGGGGAGAGAGGGUGCGCUCGCGGCGGGGCUCGGGGGAGCGGGAGCGGCGGCCGGCGGGGCUUGCAAUGGUCGCCCUCCUCUUCCAUGGCGCCGCCGAUUAGGCCUGCAGGGACUGCUUGGUUGAUUCGCGUGGUCGAUCAUCGCAAGGUCGGACUGCGCCCCUCCCUUCUUCUCCGCUCGCUUGGGCCUUGAUGCCUCCGGCGCCGACCACGAGCUCUCCUUCGCGGAGCUUCGAGCAGCCGGACUGCUCGCCAGGAGGCUUCCCCGGCGUGGGAGGAGGAGAGCAGAGGGCGGUGCCGGCUCCAGCACUCGUAGUCGCAGGGUCCACGCGCUACAGGUGGUGGUUGGCGAGACGAAGCUGUCAUGGCGCGCGUCUCCGUGUCGCCCACAGAUUAUUAUUUAAUCUCCUUCGCCUUCGCGUCCGGAUCCCGGAGAAUGCUGGCGGGGAGGUGAGAUUUCCAUGAGUGGGCGGGGCCAGGUCAGGGGAGAAGCGUGCGCGGCCUCGUCGCUCCGGUUCUGCCCGCCGUCGUGGCGUCGUCCUCGGCGCAGAUUUCGGCAGAGGUUGACUGGCCGCUGAUUUGUCGUGCUUCAAUCCAGAUCCUGACAGAAGUCUCGACUGUGGAACACGAGCGUGUGCCUGUGCUGGCUUAGCAAGGUUGGCACCAGAGCAAAUAUUCCCGCUUCACAUACGAAGGAACAUUCUUCGGAUGGUUUCUUGUUGAGCUGUGAUCUGUGGUUUUUUGGAGGUCCUCUUGCCCCAGGACUUGAAGCAUUUGCAACUAGUACUGUAAGCUUGUGAAGAGAAAUGCAAUCUUGAUUCUGUACCUUGUAACUCAAACAUGUCAGACUCUGCUGGGAAGAGAUUCAAUAAGAAAGAAGAUUUUGAAGUUGUUCUGAGCGAAAGAGAUCCUGGAGAAAUGUCUAGUCCGAAGCAUUCUAGGUGGAUGACACGCUGGAACAAGGCAAGUAGUAGUGCCAAACCCCAAGUCUUGCACUGUAGUUCUUUGGAGGAUGCUAACAAUGGCAUUUGUACUAAAGAUUUUGGGGCUUCACCCUUUGAGCUUAAGAAAUCUAGAGUGGCUGAAAGGCUAAUGUGGGAAAGAAACUAUGAAAGACCUUCUGUGGAGCAUGUGCAGCAGGUAAGCUCUAAGGCCUGGGAUGUGGGGCAUGGUGGCUGGCCAAGAUCUAAACGGAAGUUAAUUGAACAGCGAGAUGGGUCUUCUCAAAAUUAUGUGAUGCAAAUGCAGAAAGAUGUGCAUUCACAAGCUAAGGCAGUAGUAUCAGAAACAUUUUCUGUUCAUAGGCUUUCAAAGUUAUCAUUGGAUUUUCAGAGCCAGUUUCCUAUGUUAGGAAUCAAUAAAAAUAUUGACAAGAUAAUCAACCCAAAACGAAGGUCUGCAACUGGUGCUGUGUCCAAUGAUCAUUUGGUGCCACAACAAACUCUGAAGCUAAGCAUGGCACCAUCCAACUUAACUGCAUUCUCGUCUCAGGUAUAUGAGCUGCAGUCUCUUCGAAUAACUGAUGAGAUCAUGGAUCAAUGCAAACCUGCAGGAGGCAUCAUAUCUCUCCUAGAAGACCCUGCCUGUCUCAGUUCUGGUCCUGCAGGGAAGAAAUUAAAAGUUGACAAUAACUCAUUGUCAGAUCUCCUGAUAAGUGAGCAGCAUAUAGGCCACUCUUUUGCAAAUCCAGAUCAGGCGUCAGCGUCACCCUGCAGAUGUAGUGAAAUGAAGUUCAAUCUUCCAGAAAACAAUGGCAAAGGCCAAAAAGUUGUUGGCGUUUCUCAGAAUCUGAAGUCAAGAACACCUGCUGGACUCCAUAAACAACAAGAUGCUUCAGGAGUCGUGUUUUCUGCGCCUGAACUUGGUACAGAAUACAAGACUGAACCAGUCAAUUACCCCAAGGACAGCAAGCAGGAUGAUGAGAAAUUUUAUGUUGCAUGUCCUUUGUUAUCUGAUAAGCACCAUUAUCGGGAUACACACAGAAUGGAAUGUGCAGCGAAUGUAACAGACUCCUACUUGUUACUUGAUCCAACUCCAAACAUAUCGACAGUAAAUCGUAAGGGUGAUGCAGUGACCCAUGAAAGGCAACCAGUGGACCAAUUUACAGAUUGUAUAAAACAUAAAGGUUCCUGUUUAUUUGAAAUGCUGACAAUACCUUCCAAAUCACAAAAUGCAUACCCCAUAGAUUCACUGUGUUCAGGAAAAUCUAGUGGUUUUGGAGUUUGCAUGUAUGGCACAAAUGCUAGCAGUUCUUUCCUUGGAGCCCAGAACCAAUUUCCACCAGAAAGGUUGCACGGUGAUGCACGAUAUAUAUCAUCAGAAGGCAUCGUGCCAUUGUUGCGGCAAAAGGACAAUGGCAGCGCAGAAAAGGCAAAACCUGAUAAGCUGGCAACUCUGUCCGUGAAAGGAUCAUCGGUAUACAAUAAAGAAAACAGAUUACAUAGUGGUGAUGUCAACCAAUAUUUUUCCUCCACGGGAACAACUUCCAGCAAGCAAGAACUCUGCACACCUGGAACAGAAAUCAGGGACUUCGACCCCCUACCAUUUCAAUUAAGAAGAGUGAGAAACCAAGUCCCAAAUGAUGCAAUUCGAUUGCUACCAUGCACUGAGCCAACUGAUAGAUGGCUUAAGCGCCUGCGCCAUGAUGUCGCAGAUCCACUUGUCCCCAGUUCCAAGAGGCCAAAAAUCAGAGACUGCCAUCCAGCUGGAGGAACAAGUAGAAUGUCAGAUCUUCGUGAAGGCAUGACCGACGCCGACGUCGACGACCAUGAUGCAGCAAGGAGUUUUCACUCCUGGAUCGGAAGAUGGCUCCGGGAUGGUGGUGAUCCUGCUUUGCAGGAAGACCCAGAUCAGAGGAAGCGAGCAGCAGCAACGCCUGACCUCGCAUCCGGUGAACUUGAAGGCCGGUUCCCGAGCAUUACAGCGAUGGCGAUGAUGGGGCGGGUGAUGAGCAAGGUCCGGCCGUUCGACCAUCAGAGGAAGGGCCCUUGGGUGAUGUGGAAGGCAGAUGAAACCUGAUGUUUUUAUGUUUUCUGUUAUGUAUUCAUGUAAAUUUUGCCCGUACACGUGUGGUUCCAAUGAAUGUGAAGUUUGUAUACCUAAAGCUUGUCAGCUGUAGGUUCUUCAUACGGUCAGUUCCUGUUACUCCCUCCGAUCCAUAUUAAUUGUCUCAAAUCUGUCUAAAUAUGGGUGUAUCUAUGCAUAAAAUGCAUCUAGAUACAUGUAAUAUUUCGAUAAUUAAUAUGGAUCGGAGGAGUACUUUUUCUGAAGGAAAACUGGGUAUAGUUGCAACUGAUCAGGAGCAAAACUGUGUGAAUUUUUCCAAGAGGUUAGAGUCAAUAAAUUUUCCUUCGUAA